AUGGCUGGGGCUACGAGGCGCUGGUUUCGGCGUAAUCGCAAGACCCUCGCGAUCGGGACAGGCAUUAUCGGCGUCGGUUACCUCGCAGGACAGUAUGUGCUGUCCAAGAUCUCAGAAGCUCGUGAGCGGAUGAGCAGCGAUCGUAUUGCCCGUGAAAAUCUACGCCGACGCUUUGAACAGAAUCAGACCGACUGCACUUAUACCGUCCUGGCACUCUUACCAACCGCCGCAGAAGAUAUUCUCGAAGCACUGCCGGUGGAGGAAUUGACAAAGGAGCUACAGAAGAAACGUGCGGAGAGGCUAGCUCGGCUCAAUGCUGAGGGGACGGUCACGGGCUCGGACAUGAGCUCCUUAGCACCCAGUCUGCCGGAUGAUGACCGAAGAAGUCUGUCUAGCUUUCAGAGUGAUGGCUUUCUGCGUACAAGCCAGCUGGGCGAAUCGGUGAUGGAGGGGGAUGCUCCCCCACAACCGAAGCGGAACAAGACACAGCUUUGGAAUGAGGUCAAGAUCACCUCAAUUACCCGGGCGUUUACCCUCCUUUAUACCCUCUCCUUGCUGACCACCUUUACUCGAAUUCAACUGAACCUUCUCGGCCGGCGAAACUACCUCUCGAGUGUGAUUUCUCUCGCUACGCCACCCGCCGACUCCUCAACUAUUCGGUUGGAGGACCAUGAUGAUGAUGAUCUCACACAGACACUGGGCAACGACUUUGAGACCAACCGACGGUAUCUCGCCUUUAGCUGGUGGCUACUGCAUCGGGGCUGGAAGCAGCUGAUGGAAGAAGUGCAAGCCGCUGUUGUGGAGGUUUUUGGUCCUCUCAACCCCCGGGAUGAUAUUUCUUUUGAAAAGCUAUCGGAGUUGACCCUGCAAGUUCGGAAGAAGCUCGAGGGCAAUACGGAGGAAGACAGAAAGUAUGCUCCUUUUUGUUUUGUCGAAGAUCAUCUAUUGGAGGAAUCUGGAGUUCUUGGGGUUACCGAACCAUCAACUCCUCAGACAACUGCGACACUGCGACAUCUCCUAGACGAGACCGCCGAUCUUAUCGAUUCUCCGACCUUUACCCGUGUUCAGAUGCUCCUGAAUAAUGAGUGCUUUGAGACUCUGAUUCAGCAAUGCAAGCUGGAUGCAUUCAAGUCCACCGGGCCUGUGACUGCUCCCCAGUCGUUUACAUCUGUCGCCACCGUCGUUCCGGCCACGGCGAGUUCCACGCCCAAGACAAAACUGGCGAAUGUUCUGGCUGUGCUAGCCCGACAGGCGCAUGUGAUUGGCAAUGGAACCUCGCCCCCCAACCUGUACCUGACGGCAAUGGAUCAAGGCGUUCGGGAGCUGGAGGCGUUUGCGGCUGUGGUGUCCCUCGAGCUGCCUCUCCUCACCCACACCACUGAACGCAAGCUCAUGGCCAAGAUUGACAUGCGCCUGGUCCCUUGCCUCUGUGUUAUGUACCUGCUUGCCUUUUUGGACCGGGUGAACAUCAGUAAUGCGGCGGUCUUGGGCCUGACGAAAGAACUCGGCAUCGAACAGGGAACCAAGUAUAACACGGCUCUGACUAUCUUCUUUGUUCCCUACGUGCUCUUCGAGAUCCCUUCCAACAUCUUGUUGAAAAAGUUGAGGCCCAAUGUUUGGUGUAUGAACUGCUUUUCUGAGUUGGGGUUUUUGUGCGAGAGAAGGGGUUGGCGAAUGUGCGAGACCGGCAUGUUUCCUGGAUGCUUCUAUCUCAUAGGAAUGUGGUAUAAGCGCACCGAAGCCCAGAAGCGGUUCAGUUUCUUCUUCAGCUCUACAACCCUGGCUGGUGCUUUCGGUGGUCUGCUUGCUAGUGGCCUCGGAAAGAUGAGUGGAAUCCGUGGUUAUGCUGGAUGGAGAUGGGUUUUCAUUAUCGAAGGGCUUCUCACAUGCGUGGUUGCGAUUUUCUUGUUCUUCAUCAUCCCUGGUUUCCCCGAAGAGGUAAAUUGGCUCACUGAAGAAGAGCGUGAUUACGUGCGAGCCAAAUUGGCUAUGGAUACAGGCAAGGCUGGCGAAGAGACUCACAUGGGCUGGCGCGAGGUCCUGGAUGUCUUUAAGGACUAUUCUCAUUGGCGGUCUCAUGUACUUUGGACAAAUCGUCGCGGCUUAUGGAUAUGCCUACUUUGCACCGACAAUUAUCCAAACCUAUGGAUACGGAGGUGCGUAUCUUCUCUGUCCUUGCGCCCCAUUCUUUCAAUCCAAACUCAACUGUACUCGAUUCCUCCCUGGGCAUCCGCAUUCGGCUUCUCCAUGGUCAUUGCUUGGCUCUCCGACCGGUUUAAGCACCGCCUGGCUUUCGCUCUCAUCCCGAUGCUGAUUUCCAUGGCGGGAUUCGGAAUUCUUCUGAACGUACACGGAAUCGAGAAUCGCGGCGUCCAAUAUGGGGCUUUAUUCCUCGUCACAGCCGGGUGUUAUAGCGCAAUGCCCGUCGUCGUCUGCUGGUUCACCAUGAAUUUGGGCGGUCAUCGCCGACGCAGCGUGGGAACUGCCUGGCAGGUUGGAUUCGGCAACAUUGGUGGAAUUGUCGCCACCUAUUCCUUCCUCGCGAAAGACAAGCCCAACUACACUCCCGGCAAGAGCAUCAGCGUGUCCUUCCUCGCCUUCUCAUGCGCCUGCUGCAUUGUCUAUUCCGUGUGCUGUUGGUACGAGAACCGGCGCCGAGAUCGGAUCAUGGCGAGUGGUGACACAUCCUAUCUCCAUGAGGACCAGGAGGUGUUAGGCGACAUGGCGACAACCUACCGCUAUUCGUACUAA